AUGGUCAAAGCUACCAAACUAGCCUUGAAGAACUUGGAAUGUCAUCAUACUCUUGACACUAUCAGUUCGGAUCAUACAUGGAGUCCGAUCUUCCAUAUGCUAGCUCUGUCAUUUCCAUCCCAAUCUCCGUCUUAUUACUUAUCAGUCGUCACAGGUUCUGAUAAGUAUGAUGAAGAGCCAAUCCAAGAAGGUAUUGAGGAGGAGAAGAAGGACUGGGAAGUUUGCAAAGAAGACAAGCGACUGGUUCUAAAUAUGUCUACAGGUUUGCAGAAGUCGAAUGAGACUUUUAUUGGGUAUAAUCAAGUGCUCCAAACCCUUUGA